UCAUUUUUAUAUUAUAAAUUUUGUGAUCUCGAAUUUUUUCUUUUUAUACUAAUUAAAGUUUAUUUAUAAAUUAAUUAAUUUCUUUCAAUUAUUUAAAUUUAAUUUAAUUACCAAACCUCAAAAAUAUUCAUUAUAAAAAACGAAAGCAACAAUUUCUUAUAAAAAAUGUCGUCUGCUAAUGGUCAACAUCUUUCUAAUGGAGACGCUACAAAUAAUAGCGAAAAUAUCACCAGUACUAGAAAAAGGCAAUUCGAAGAAACGGAAAAUCUGAAGAAUAAUAAAGAUACAUUAAUUGACAAAAAAAGUAAGAAACAUCCCGAAGGCGAAAAUGCCCACGAAAAUAACCGUCAUUUAGACGAUUACGACGAUGAACAUACGGGAGAUUCUAUCGAAGGUAAGCAGGUAUACGAGGUGGAGGAACAUGAUUAUCUGGAAGAAGAGCCAGAAGACAGCGAUUUUUCCGGCGAAAAUGAAGGAGUUCACGACAAAGAUAGCGACGAAGCAGACGAUAUCGAAGAUUUACCGGAAAGAUUUAAGGAACUGAAAUGGGAAGAUACUUACGUAGAAAAAAUGGCAUCAUUUGUAGGAGCGAAAGGCGGCAAAAUUUUGAUCGUAGGAUAUGGGACCGGGAUAGGUGCAUCAACCAUAGCUAUUCAAGGAAAUGUCAGCCAUAUAUACAUUAUCGAAGAGGACGAACAGUUAUUCGAGUACCUCAAAGAGCGGGUGGAAGCGGAGUAUCCCGAUAUCGUUACUUGUUACAAGGGGGCUUGGCAGGAUAAGAUAAAAGAAUACGGAGAAAACGAAUUUGACGGCGUAUUAUACUACUCUCAUCCAUACAUAAUCACGCCCAAUAAAUCCGGUAACGACGAUUCAAACGAGUCUCAUUUCGAUUUCAUUUCCAAAAUGGGGUACAGGAUACUUAAAAAAGGCGGUCGUAUGUCUUACUGCAAUAUCCGUUCCUGGGGAGACCAUCUGAAAAACGAUGUAUAUCAAAACAACGUUAUGAAGAUGUUUGAGACGUCCCAAGUAGAAAAACUGAAAAAGAUAGGGUUUUCUCCCGAAAACAUAGAAAUAGAACUCGAAGACGUGUCAGUCCCCGAGGGAUGCAAAUACUAUUCCCACGAACAAGUCAUGCUAGUUAAGCUGACCAAAUAAAAUGUAAAGAUUUCUUAACCCCAUUUCAUAUUCAUAGUUUACAUUCAGUUUAUUUACUUGUUUGUAAAAUUAAUCAUCGUGUUAUAUUUUUUCCUAGUUUACCAUCCUUUUCCCUUAUGAAAUAUUAUUUUAUUAUAUAUAUAUUAUUAUAUUGAAGUUACAAAUUUAAUAUAAGAACUUUAUAUAUUAGUUUGCAAAAUCUGUUUUUUUUCUUCAAUAUUUAGUUCAAAAAACUGUGUUUAUUUAUACAUAUAUACUUUUUAUAAUAUAUACAUGAAUUUUAUUUUAAAUUACUUAAUAAAAAAUUUAAAUAUUUUUUUAGUUUUUUUUAAAAAAAAAUUGUAGUUUUAUAAAUUUUAUUUUAUGCAAUAGCAAUCUGUUAAGUGACUUCUAUUGAUUUCUUUAUAUUAUUCUCUUUAAAAAAAAUAUUCAUUGGUGCAUUCAUUGGCAUAUCCUAAGUUCUACUAAUAAUGAUUAUAUUAAGAUUGUUAUUAUAAAUAUAAAAGAAAAACUAUUAUUCUCGACAUUUUUAUUUUUAGUAGUCACCAACUAAACCUGCGCAUAAUUAAAUUUUUAAGUGUCUUUUUUUUCUUAUCACACAAAAUUUAUUAUAUUAUAGGUGUAGGUAUAUCGUUAUACAAAACGAAUUGUAAAUAAUAUUUUUUUUUAUAUUAUAUAUAUAUAUCGUUAAAAAUAAUAUUUCAUUUCAUAUUUAAUCAUUUUUUUUAAAAAAAUAGAUUUAUAUUAAUCAUCACACAUAUAGAUUACAAAUAAAACUUAAAUACAAUAAA